CAUAUCAACAUCUGUCAAUUAAAAAGAGAAAAAAGAAUAUGGUAACACAACACAACAAUCGACUCGACGUGUUUGAGUUGGCUACGAGAAAAAAUAAGAAAACGCUGCAAAAUGCGAUAAAAUUAAAUAAAAUAGCUGUGGAAAUGAAAAUUUUAUGAUGUGCUUGUAAAGAAUUUCCAUAAAGAAAUUAAACUGAAGAACAAAGAGUGAAACAGUGAGGGAAAAUAAACUCGCAUGAGCGUCGUCUUUCGAUUCGGUGUGUGUGUUUUGUUGGUGUUGUGGGUAUAAGUAUAAAGUGGUAUAGAACAAUACGACGCCAGCCAGCCAGCCAGACAACAGCAUCCCCAACGAACCAACAACAAUAGCGAGGGAACCAACGAGAGUGGGGCUCGUUUGUAGUAUUGACUUUUUUUAUUGUGUUUGCAGUGUUAGUUUUUGUGCAAAAUUACGUGGGAAAUGGCCAAUAUAAGCCAAUUGUCGGAUUUGAGGAGCUAUUCCCGCCACUGGUUGGGCGAAUUUAUUGAACAGUAUCAGACGGAAGAGUGCUUGUGGCAGCCCAAGCAUCCCGACUACAGCAACAACAAUGUCCGCAACAAAGCCUAUGACAAAUUGGUGGAAAAACUGAAGGAGGUGGAACCGAAUCCGGAUCGCAAUAUGGUGGUGCGUAAGAUAAACUCAUUGCGUUCGGCCUUUCGUCGAGAGUAUCGCAAAAUGCACUCCAAACAGAACUAUGAGACCCGCUUGUGGUAUUACGACAAACUUUCGUUCAUUGCAGACCAGGGCCUCAAACGUGCCAUUACAGGUUUGGGUGGCAGCAGUAGUGGUUCGGAUGUCAAGCCACCCAAACGUUCGCUUACAUUGGCUUUCGAAGAUGAUGAUUCCCUGGAAUUUGAGGAUGAACAACAACUCGAAGCAAGUAGUGCUCAUUCGGCUUCGCAAACGGAUUUGCAGCAGGAACAACAAAAUUUGGCAACAACCAUAACAGCAGCUGUGGCCAACGGUGAAGUGGUGCCUGUGUCCAUAGUCAAGAGUGAAGAUCACAAAAUACACCAUCACCACCAACAGCAGCAGCAACAGCAGCACGUCCAGCAGCAUGAGCCGCCACCGUUGCACCACCAUCACCACCAACAACACCAUCAAAUUCAUACUCAAACCCAACCGCAACAUACAACGGCUGUUAAAGUGCUCGAAAUCACAUCUCUCGAUUCGAAUUCACAACGUGAAAUUCAACAGGCCGUCAAUUCGCUGGAGCAACAACACCAUAUGCAACAACAACUUCAACAUCAACAACAACAGCAGGCAAAUGGAGCUGCUGCUGCGGCACAACUAACACAGAUCCAUCAGCAAGUGCCCACCAUACAAAUUGCGCGCGAACACCUGCAACCGCUCUUUGGCUCUGCCACCGCCUAUACCACAACAACGUCCGCCGGCAAUGGUACACGAAACGAAGAUGAGUUUGAUGCCAUUGGCAUAAAUGUGGCAAGCAAACUACGUGUCAUGAAUACCCACCAACGUAUCAUUGCCGAAAAGCUCAUCAGUGAUGUCCUCUUCAAUGGGCAAUUGGAUAAUUUGAGCGUUAACUCGCAUCUGUCCCAGUAGGAGAUGAAGCCCAUGUUGCAGCAGCUAGAUCAAGAUCCUCAACAGCAACAUUCAAUCGUAACGGCAACUGCAUCUUUGUCCCUGCUGGAAUGGUUUAGUCAUUAUUGUCUUACUUCGGGUGUUUAAUAAAACAAAAUCAUUCACACUCACA